CCUAUAUCUUCCGUCGCGACUUGUGACUCGCAGAGCCUAUUCACACUUUAAAAAAAGUUAGUCUACUGUUGACAUCAUUGUGGAGCAUACAUAUUUCUGUAAUUCAAGGUUAAACAAAAUGCCGAAAAAACUAAAAGUGGUUGUUAGAUCUCUGUAUUCUCAUGAGAUUCGUAAAGAUGUGAGUUUGGAAAAUUUAAAGUCACUCAAAUUGGAAGACGCUUGGCCAUUUAUUAGAGAUGAAAUCGAGAUCGAAAUUGGUAGCAGCCAGCUCGUUUGUAUUCCGCAUAUUACCGAAGCCGAUCUGUAUAAUGUCACGUCUCUGUUUGUACCCAACGAAAAAGAAAUAAACGGUAAAAAGUUCACGCCACUCGGACAACUGAAGAAGAAUAUAAAUAGGGAGAAAUCAUCUCCCGAAUACGUAGAACUACUGGAUCAAGGAGACUUUCACGAAACCGACUUCAAGUUUCCACAUGAAAGCGUUAAGAUAACAUUACAAGAUGAAUCGAUAAAAAAUAAAGUAAGAGUUAUUAUGGUAAAUUUCUCACAAGAUAUAAUUCCCAAAGGCAAGGAUUUUGUUAACAAUAUUUAUUUGGACGUGGAAAACAACAAAGCUUUAAAAGGCAAAAAAUCAGUUUACAUGAUAACCAAAGUUUUAAUGGCAAAGACCAUAGAGUUCAGGGUCACUAGAGGGACUUCAUCUAGAAUUUUCCACCUGGGCAAUGCUUCGCCUCUUGUCUUUGGCCUAGAAGAAUUUUUGAUUGGAGAUGAUGGAAAGUUAAUUGCUAAGGAGCCCGUCACAAUUAAAUCGAAGUUUUUACACUGGCAGAAGUUGGACCCUUCUGAUCACCUCUACAUCCCUGAUAAUAAAGAAACCGCCUGUGCACAGUAAAAAAAAUACGUGGGAGAGGCCCGUACAUGAAGAAGAGUCGAUUAAACUUGCUUGAGAGAAAUAAAAUGGCUUAAUAAUACUGCUUGCUCUCGAUAAAGCUACAGUGUAGACUGUAGGUAGGAUUAAUACAAAAUGAAUGCUAAUUAUUCAUCACAAUUACGAUUUAUUAAACGUUUAUCAGUUAA